AUGCGGAACAGUUUAACGCACAUAACAAUUUUUUACUAUUUCACUCUCUUCCCCCCCACUCUCUCUCUAUCUAUCUAUCUAUCUAUCUAUCUAUCUAUCUAUCUAUCUAUCUAUCUAUCUAUCUAUCUAUCCCUCUGUCUCAUUUUGUCCAUCUCUCAUUUUCUGUAUAAUCUUGUUAAUCUCUCUCUCUUCUUCUCUCUCUCUCUCUCUCUCUCUCUCUCAACUUGUUUCACUUUUUUUCUGUCUUUAUCUUUGUUCUUUUCAUCUUUCUCUCUUUCGCUUUUUCUCUAUCUCAGAGUGUUUAGCUCUCUCUCAUUUUCUCUCUCUCUCUCUCUCUCUCUCAACGUCUUCACCUUCCCUUUUCUCUCUCUCUCUCAGACUGUUAAGCGUUUUCUCUCUCACUUUAUCUUUAUCUCUUUCAACUUGUUCACUUCUCUCUUUCUUUCUAUCUCAGACUCUUCAGCUUACUCUUUUUUUCAACCUAUUCCUAAUUUUCAUUCUCCCUCUUGCGAUGGAAUUCUCUGCGACGGACCAUCUUUUGCCAAUUCGGCAUCCACCGUUGUCGAUUGUCGAAGAAUCGAUGAGGGUAAAAUCGGUUUCUUCCGCAUCGGCCUGGUUCCCAAAUCUCGCGUGGAGGACAUCUUUGAGCAGAUCCAAGCAAAACAUAGUAGGGAGAAAUCAAUAUCCCGGCAUUUGUCAACGCGCAGUAUCAAUGAAGCUUUUAACAGUGGCACUUGUAAUGGCGAUCCGGAAAAUGGCGGACAGAUCAACGCUGCGUUCGAAGAUGACGAAAAGGACGAGGUUAACGAUAACAGCGAUGAUCAGAGAUUCAAAAUCGGUAAGGAUAGUUGGCAAGAAUCUGAUAUCCACAUGUCCGUUUCCAAUCAGUUCUUUCGCAAUUUGCCUUAUUCCACUGACGGAUGUUUGAUGAAAGGCAUGACGUCAUUGGAACGACCAGAACGAGGCAAACGAAUCGUUUCGGUUGCACCAGAAUUGAAUGAAGCAGAAGCGUCACAACAGAAGCAGAGAGAGAAAGAGACAACUUCGAAGAAGCGUCUUUAUCCGCAGAUUCGAAUUCUUGACAAUGAUGUGGCCUUGUUGGAAAGAGAAAAUGCGAAAAAACUGCUUCAGGAUCAGAUUGUCAAGAGUUCGUAUACAGAACGGCCAACUAACGAAAAUGGAGACCAUGUUUAUUCUUUCGCAUUUACUGACAAAUUUGGUAACCAAGUUCCUGAUAUACGAGAACAACCGCCGUCGCCUACGCUUGAACGUGUGGAAUCACUGACUCAAAGAACAUCACUCUGA